AUGACGCAGACUCCGACACCAGUGUUCUUCCCCAACGAUCUCGUCACCGAGAUCAUUCCUUUUCUUCCUGUAAAAUCUCUUCUUCGAUUCAAGUGUGUUAGUAAUUUUUGGAACACUCUCAUUAGCGAUCCUACUUUUGCUAACUUACACCUCAAGAAAUCAAAAACAUCAUCAAAUCCGCAAUUUACACUAAUCACUAAUCACGUCAAGCCUAGUGUGGACAGUGAUUGGAGUAUCAUUCCGUAUCCUAUAAGUCAUUUAGUCAAUAAUCCGUCGGCUACAUUUGUCGCUGAUUCUCAUUAUCUUUUAAAUUUAAAGGAUAAAGAAUGGUCUAUGGCUGGUUCCUGUAAUGGAUUGAUCUGUCUUGUUGAUUAUAGUUCCACUAAUAAAGGUUUUAAAUAUCAAAAAUAUCAAGACUAUAGGUUGCGGUUAUGGAACCCAGCCACUCGAAAAAUAUCUCAAAAAUUUGGUUAUUUUUGUGAUGUACGAGGUUUUGUCUUCAAUUUUGGUUGGGAUGAUUCCACGUCCACGUUUAAAGUGGUUGCGUCAUGCUUUAGUUAUAUUAAGCAUACAAGAGAAGUGAAAGUUUUCACUAUCGGUAAUAAUGUUUGGAGAAAUAUUGAAAUUUUCCCUACUGUACCUCUUGGUUUGGAUUGGCGCGGACAACGUAUAGAUAAGGGAUAUGAAUAUGGUUGUGUGCUUUUAAAUAACACUUUUAAUUGGUUGGCUUUUCACAAGCGCGCAAGGUUCAAUGCCAAGUUCAACUGGAGUCAAAAUGUAAAGCGCAUAACUGUUGAGGACCUUGUUAUUGUUUCGCUAGAUCUGAGGACGGAGACAUACAAUCAGUAUCGGCUGCCUUGGGGUUUUGAUAAGCUGCCGCCCGAAGAGCCAAAUAUUGGUUUGUUGGAAGAAUGUCUUUGUUUGUGUUAUUCUUAUAAGGAAACUGAUAUUGCUAUAUGGCAGAUGAAAAAAUUUGGGGUUGAAGAGUCUUGGAUUCAAUUUCUUAAAAUUAAUUAUCACAUUCUUGGAUUAGACUAUGAUAUUUCGUUCUUGCCAUUGUUUCUUUCUAAGGAUGGUGAUACAUUGGGAUUGUGCAGUUCUCAAAAUGAGGUAGCAAUUCUUUAUAAUUUGAGAGAUAAUAGUAUGCGGCGAAUAGAAGUUAAAGUGCACAAAACUAUUAUAGAUAGUAAAACUCACAAUUCGUUAUACUUGAGUCUGGCUCAAGGUUAUGUUGAAAGCUUAAUUUCAGUUUGUUGA